AUGGAUCUCAAAGCGGAGUCGGAAGAGAUGGUGGACUCUUUCAAGCGACCUCCGGCAAUUGAAGUUUUCGCCAGCAGGUCGACUCUCCAUGGCAUCUCGCACAUGUUCACUUAUGAACGGAUCUGCAUCAAGCGGUGCCUGUGGAUCUUGUUCUUCCUGGGUUCUCUCGGGUUCCUGGUCCUGGUGUGUGUGGACCGGGUCCAGUUCUACUUACAGUACCCCCAUGUCACUAAAUUGGAUGAGAUAGCAACACCGUUGAUGAUCUUCCCCGCAGUCACCUUCUGCAACCUCAACACGUUUCGCUUCGGCCGGGUGACACGCAACGAUCUGUACCAUGCCGGGGAGCUCCUCGCGUUGCUCAAUGGAAGGUAUGAGAUUAGAGACACUCACCUGGUUGAGGAAAGCGUUCUGGAGACCCUGAAGAUCAAAUCUGACUUCCUCAACUUCAAGCCCCGCCCCUUUAACAUGCGUGAGUUCUACGACCGGACGGGCCACGAUAUCAAGGACAUGCUGCUGUCAUGCUACUACCGCGGCAUGGAGUGCAGCGCUGAGGACUUCACUGUGAUCUUCACCCGUUAUGGGAAGUGCUACACGUUCAACUCUGGCCAAGAUAACCGGCCGCUGCUGGUGACCAUGAAGGGAGGGAUGGGGAACGGCCUGGAGCUGAUGUUGGAUAUACAACAGGAUGAAUACCUGCCAGUCUGGGGAGAGACAGAUGAGACGUCGUUCGAGGCGGGCAUCAAGGUUCAGAUCCACACACAGGACGAGCCUCCCUUCAUUGACCAGCUGGGUUUCGGUGUGGCCCCGGGCUUCCAGACCUUUGUAUCCUGUCAGGAACAACGGCUGACAUACCUGCCACCUCCAUGGGGCGACUGCAAGUCCACUCCCAUGGACUCUGACUUCUUCAACGCCUACAGCCUCACGGCCUGCCGUAUCGACUGUGAGACGCGCUACCUGGUGGAGAACUGUAAUUGCCGCAUGGUGCACAUGCCUGGAGAUGCCCCUUAUUGUACCCCAGAGCAGUACAAGGAGUGUGCCGACCCUGCCUUGGGCCUCGCCCUGGCCAAGAAGUACAACAAAAUGACAAUACGCUUUGGAAAGGAGAUGUCCUUCGUCAAGAUUCCCAGUAAGGCCUCAGCCAAGUACCUGGCCAAGAAGUACAACAAAACAGAGCAAUACAUUGCUGAUAACAUCCUGGUUCUGGAUAUCUUCUUUGAGGCUCUGAACUACGAGACCAUCGAGCAGACGAAAGCUUACGAGUUCGCAGGGUUGCUGGGUGAUAUCGGUGGUCAGAUGGGUCUCUUCAUAGGAGCCAGUAUCCUCACCAUCCUGGAGCUCUUUGACUACCUAUAUGAGGUGGUCAAGUACAAGCUGUGUCGAUGCUCAAAUAAGAAACACAAACACAACAACAACAAUAACCGGGGAGCAGUGCUGAGUCUGGACGACGUCAAACGCCAUGCGCCCUGUGAGAACCUGCAUUCACCGGGUACAUAUCCUGCCAACAUGCUACCUCACCAUCCAGCGCAGGGCAACGUCGAAGACUUCACGUGCUGAGCCAAGUA